AUGGCUGAGGCUUCGCGGUGGCACCUGGGCGGAAUUCCGAAACAUAAACUGCGUUACAGAGAGGACGUAGAAAUUAGAACCACACUUCAGGAGUUGUUACUCUACUCUAUUUUUUUAAUAAACUUGUGUAUAUUGACUUUUGGGAUGGUAAACCCACAUAUGUAUUACUUAAACAAAGUUAUGUCAUCUCUAUUUUUGGACACAUCUGUGGCUGGUGAAGAAAGAACCAACUUUAAGUCUAUUCGCAGCAUAACUGACUUUUGGAAGUUUAUGGAAGGACCCUUUUUGGAUGGUCUGUACUGGGACUCAUGGUACAAUAAUGAGAAGCUAUAUGAUUUAAAGAACAGCAGUCGCAUCUACUAUGAGAACAUACUUCUAGGACUCCCCAGAGUCCGUCAACUAAAAGUCCGCAAUGGCACAUGCAAGGUCUAUUCAUUCUUUCGGUCUUUGAUGGAUGAAUGUUAUGACAAAUACACUUCUAAAAAUGAAGAUAUGGCUGAUUUUGGCCUUAAACAGGAUACUGAAUGGAAGUACUCUUCUCCUGGUAUGAACUCCCCUUGGCACUGGGGAUUUGUUGGUGUUUACCAAAAUGGGGGGUAUAUUUUCACUUUAUCAAAAUCAAAAUCUGAAACCCUAAACAAGUUCAUUAACCUCCGAAUGAACAGCUGGAUCACAAGAGGCACUAGAGUUAUUUUUAUUGAUUUUUCAGUAUACAAUGCUAAUGUAAAUCUAUUUUGCAUUAUCAGAUUGGUGGCAGAAUUCCCUGCAACUGGAGGAAUACUUACUUCAUGGCAGUUUUACUCUGUGAAGCUCCUCAGAUACGUUAGCUUCUAUGAUUAUUUUAUUGCUUCCUGUGAAAUCAUAUUUUGUAUUUUUAUUAUUGUCUUCACAAUACAAGAAAUCAAAAAACUGAAAGAAUUUAAAUUUGCCUAUUUCAAAAGUAUUUGGAACUGGCUAGAAUUAUUACUUUUGGUGUUAUGUUUUUCGACUGUUUUCUUCAGCUCAUACUCUAAUAUGCAAAUUUAUCGCAUGCUUGGACAACUGCUAAGAGAUACUGAAAAAUAUUCAGACUUCUAUUUUCUUGCAUACUGGCACAUUUAUUACAAUAAUAUAAUUGCCAUAACCAUCUUCUUUGCAUGGAUAAAGAUAUUCAAAUUCAUAAGCUUUAAUAAGACAAUGUCUCAGCUGUCAUCAACCUUGUCACGAUGUAUCAAAGACAUAAUAGGAUUUGCUAUCAUGUUUUUUAUAAUAUUCUUUGCUUACGCUCAGUUAGGAUUUCUUGUUUUUGGAUCACAGGUUGACGACUUUUCCACUUUUCAAAAUGCCAUAUUCACGCAAUUUCGUAUUGUUCUUGGAGAUUUUAAUUUUGCUGGCAUUCAGCAAGCCAAUCGUAUCUUGGGACCCAUUUACUUCAUCACUUUCAUCUUUUUUGUGUUCUUUGUCCUGCUGAACAUGUUCUUGGCAAUAAUUAAUGAUACCUAUUCUGAAGUGAAAGCUGACUACUCAAUAGGCAGAAGGCCAGAUUUUCAACUUGGUAAAAUGAUUAAAAAGAGUUACAACAAUGCUCUCGAAAAACUCAAACUAAAAAAACCUGAAACAGAUGAAGACAAGGAACGUAUGGAAAACAAAGAUUUGGCUGAAAAAGCCAGAAGAGAAGGUUUUGAUGAAAAAGAGAUUCAGAGUGCAGAGCAGAUGAAAAAAUGGAAAGAGAGACUUGAGAAAAAGUAUUAUUCUACAGAAAUUCAAGAUGACUACCAGACUGUCACUCAACAAGAAUUCCGAGACCUCUUUUUAUAUGCUGUGGAGCUGGAGAAAGAAUUACACUAUGUCAGUUUAAAACUAAACCGAGUGAUGAGGAAGGUUUCCGCUCUACAAUACUGAAAAAAAGUGGAGGUGAGAAUCUGUGAUACAAUCAUGGAGCAUUUCUAACAAUUUAUUCCUGAACUGAGUUAGUUCCUAAAUUUGUCCCCAUUUCAGGUACAUUUUAAAAGCACAAAACCAGCUACCAUCAAACUAUCAUCAGGGUCAAUGAUAAUCAUCAAAUUAUUUCUAGGAAUGGGACACAAUAUAUAAUCCAUGCAUAUUACAACAUGCCUCCACAAUACAUACACACAGGUACAGGUAAAGACUUUUAUAAUAAUGAGAUUUAUUAUUAAAUUCUAGGAAUGAAAAUGCAAAGUAUAAAAUAAUACUGCUUUUAGUUCUUGGGGCAGGUCUCUAAGUAAAUGGUUAAGUAAGUAAAGAUACUUUUCACAGUGUUACAGAGAGUAUAAGAACUGCUGGUAUUCUCAUCACACACCAUGUUUCUAACUUCAUGGGCCAAUAAAUGUUUAGAAUCUUAGAAAACCAUAUAUAAGACCCCAGGUAAAAUAAUCUCACCUCCAUUCUUCCUAGUUGGAAGUCUCCUGGAAAAAGGCAAAGUGUAGAACAAACUUCCCAACCACCUACAGAAAUUUCACUAAUAUCUUCAAAUGAUAAAUUCAUCUAGACAGUUUCUAAAGUUAACACUUUCGCAAAAGUGCUUCCUCAAUUACUUUAUAAAGCAAAAUAUCCUUGAAAUAGAAAAAAAGAGCAAAGCAGGAGCUUUAGGGUUAUAAAAACACAAGUUAUGUUUGGAAAGGAUAAAUGAGGGUGCUGCAAAAGCCCUGUUUGGAUGGUUACGAAGUUGUGAAUGGCUGGCAUUUGGGAAACUGCAAGGAAACUUUUCUAAUAGAGGUUACAUAAGCCCUCCUAGAAAAGCCACAUGUUCUCUUAACCUAAGCAACAUUAUUUGACCAUAGACUCCCAUGUUGUGCUCAGCAGUCCCUGGACUGUAAAACUCAAAUAAAGGAAUUGUUAAAUAUACUCACCUUCCUCAAACCAAGCUCUUCUCUUAGACACUGUAUUUCAAAUUUUCUUAAUAAGAUAACUGACUGUAAUAAGAAAUGAAGACUAUUCUCUCUGCAUCUUCUCCCCAGAUUUCCAAAGAGAAUCAACAACAUGGCUCUUCUUUGUCUUACCACUCCCUAGAGCUAUAGCCAGUCACGUGGUUUAGUAACCCUGCAGUCUCUCCACAUGGUCU